CCUAGAGAAGAUAUUUUUGGGGAAUGACUCAGUCAAUCCAAGGAAACUUGCAUCAUUGUCAAGCUCACAAGCAAAUGAAAACUUUAACAACAUGCUUGCUGCAAAAGCUCCAAAAGCGAAGCACUACUCCUCAUCAGCAAGCUUGGGCUACAGGGUAGAUUCUUCUAUCUUGCAAAAGAAUGAAGGAUAUGCCUAUGUUAGUGAGGUUCAUGCAUCCAUGGGACUGUCUCCUGGAGAGGAAACAAUAAAAAGAAGCUCCAAAAUAAAUAUGAAAAGGAAAAAAAACAAAGAAAAGGCAAAAACCAAAGAAGCCAAGAGAAGACGUUUCUUCUUAAAGCAGACAAGAACCUCUAAGACUGCUAGUAAAGAAAUAAGGGAAGGCAAAACUUACGAAAGUGAAAUAGGAUUCAAAUCUGAAGUUACAGACAAGGAGUCCGAGGAGAUUCCUGAAAUACAAGACAUCACAAAGAUCCCUUUGAAUGAACAAGAGGUUAUCAAAGCACCAGUAGUAAUUUUUGAUUUAGAGACAACUGGCCUCAGUAGGAAAUCUGACAUUACCCAAUUAGCAGCCUAUUCAGAAACUCUGAAUUUUAGCACUUACAUUUUUCCAUCCCAGGCAAUAUCCAAAGAAGCAUCAGAGGUCACACAAAUUUUUGUGAAUGGUAAUCAGAUGUUUCACAACAGCACUGCAGUUCAAUACAAGUUGGCCCAUGAAGCAUUGACGGACUUUAUUAUAUUUUUAUCAAGUUUUCCUAGUAAAUGUAUUCUUGUAGGUCACAACAUCAAACGCUUUGAUACUCAUGUGUUAUAUAACCAAUUGCAUAUUCAUAACAUGUGGAAUGAAUUUUGCUUACAUGUUUGUGCUUUUUGUGACACCUUAGAUUUAUUUAAAAGUGUUGUUCCAGGUAUGUCUUCAUACAGCCAAACAUCUCUUGUAAGAGAGCUCUUAGGUGAAACUUAUGAUGCUCAUAAUGCUAUACAUGACACCAAAGUUUUAUACAAACUUGUAAUUGAAAGAGGAAAUUUUAAAGAUAAUGUGGUAGAAUUUUCAUUACCUGUUAGUUAUCCUUAUGAUUCACAUGUUAUCCAAGAAAACUUGAACACUUUUUCUCAUGCUAUAAAUUGUAAAGCUAUUUCAAAAUCUUGUGCACUGAAGGCAUCAAAAUCUAACCUUAAAUUGUCUCAUUUGAAGUUAGCAGUACAUCGAGAUGGUAUAGAUGGACUUAAAGCUUUACUUGCUGAAAGGUCUAACAAGGGAAGUGUGAGAGUAACUAAAUGUACAAGAGUUAUUCAAAAACUGUUUGAUUUUCUUCAUGAAGAUUGAAAUAAUAUGCAAUAAUAAGGUCAUGGAAAAUUACCUUGUUCUCAAGUUCACUAAAUGAUACAGGGGGAAGGAAAUUUUUUAUGCUCCAAUAUCAAAAAGGGAAAGGGCCAUUUAGAUUUACCCUUGUCCGUCCAUAUGUCCUGGUAUUGGUUAGUUUUUUACCUGCGUUGCAAAAAGCAUCAUUUAUAUUUAUCCUUAUACAUUUGUAUGUAAUGAUAUUGGUUAAGUUUAUACUGCUGGAGUUCAAUAUAAUGUUUUCCUGGCUUUUAUG